AUGCACACCGGUUGUCGAAAGCAUGAGCUGGCCUACGCCAAACCUCGAAACCAGGACGAGCUCCUGAAGAAGACGGCCGAGGAUGAGGACCCGUACACCGACGUGGAAAACGCAACGGACGACUGUGCGCGACAUCGUCCUAAGGAGUGUUGGGUGUAUCGCAGUUUUGACGAGCGGUGGGACGAUCCGAAGCUGAAGGUCCUCUGUUGGGGGGAUAUUGAUGUCUGGAUCCUCCGCGAUCCCGAGCGUGAUGGUGGCCGUGACCGCCCCGCCAUGCAGAGGAAGACCAGGGACGUGAUAUACAAAUACCAUUUCGACUCCGAGGGCAAGGAAGAGCUCCAGAAGCAGCUGCAGGGGCUCCGGGAACCCGAGGUGAAGCGAGACGUGUGUCAUGUCGUGCCAGAGCGCACCCAAGUGGCAGACAUCCUCAUCGACAUGGACGACGACCUUCCCCAGAAAGAGAUUGUGCAAAGAAUGGUCGAGGCAUUGGGUUGCCUACGCCUCUGUGUGCGAGUCAGUCCAGCGCAACCAACUGAAACCUAA